AUGCUUCACGCUAGGCGUUACCAAGAAGAAGCCCUAGCUAAAAAACAGCAGCAACCAACUAUCGAAAUCAAAGACAGUGGGUAUACUACAAACAAUACACUUUCCACAACAACAGAAACAACAGAGAGGAGAAGAAGUUCGUUUGCAAUUCUAGUCAAAGCUUCUCAUCGUUUCCGUGGCCGUGGAUUUAGUGUAUUCAAUUCAAAUGUUAAGGAGGAAAAUACAGCAGUUAAUAACAACAGACGCCAUUUAAAAAUUCAAACACCACCUCAACUUGAACGUCUUUCAGAAGAUAAUAAUAGCUUAGUGAAAACGGCAGUGGAAAUUAAUGCUAAACAAGAGGAAAGGAAAUGUUAG